CAAAGUUCGUCGUCAAAUGUGGUUAACUCUAACUCAUCGUCUCAGAUGAAUCUUCCUAUUGAUGAUAAGAUACCAUCAUUUCCCCAAUCAAUAUCUACACCCAUUAUGAACUUCACACAUAAUGAAAUGGCAAAAAACAUUACCAACAAAAGCAUAGUUGACUCAGACAAUGGUUUGAGACCAACGAUGACCAAUGAAUCAGAUCGCGAGACUUGGAAUAAAAAAGUUGACUUUUUGUUGUCCGUCAUUGGAUUUGCUGUCGACCUCUCAAACGUCUGGAGAUUUCCUUACUUGUGCUUCAAAAACGGAGGCGGAGCCUUUCUUAUACCUUAUGUUAUAAUGCUUGCCGUUGGAGGCAUUCCUCUAUUUUUCAUGGAAUUAGCGUUAGGACAAUACCAUCGUAAAGGAGCCAUCACUUGCUGGGGAAGAAUUGUACCACUUUUUAAAGGUGUUGGCUAUUCAGUUGUUUUGAUAGCAUUUUAUGUAGAUUUUUACUACAAUGUAAUAAUUGCGUGGGCCCUACACUUUUUAUUGACCUCUUUUCGGACAUCACUUCCGUGGACUAAAUGUCAUCAGUCGUGGAACACUCCCGACUGCUAUGAAUUUCUCACAGACAACGAACCCAUUCCUAUAAUAGGCAACACUUCAACAACUAUUUCACCAGAUUUUCAUUCAAAGAGAAAAUCUCCGGCUCUCGAGUACUUCAACCGUGGAUUUCUUCAGUUUCACUUAAGUUCUGGUAUUAAUCAUUUGGGUUCAAUCAGAUAUGAGAUUGCCUUAAGUUUGUUUGCCGUUUAUAUUAUCUGCUAUUUCAGUCUUUGGAAAGGCAUCUCAACUUCAGGAAAGGUUGUAUGGUUCACAGCCCUGUUCCCAUAUGUUGUAUUAUUCAUGUUAUUGAUUCGGGGUAUAAUGCUUCCCGGUUCGUUAGAUGGCAUCAAAUAUUAUUUGACUCCCGAUUUCAAUGCUUUAUAUAACGCCAAUGUAUGGGUAGACGCGGCGACACAAGUAUUUUUUUCGUUAGGUCCGGGAUUUGGUGUAUUGUUGGCAUUUGCCAGUUAUAAUCAAUUUCAUAAUAACGUACACAGAGAUGCUCUGCUCACUAGUGCUGUCAAUAGCUUAACCAGUUUUUUGGCCGGUUUUGUCAUAUUUGCAGUCUUAGGAUAUAUGGCUCACCGUUUGAAAGUCGAUGUUAAAGAUGUGGCCGCAGAGGGACCGGGACUUGUGUUCAUUGUUUAUCCGGAAGCCAUAUCAACAAUGCCUGGCGGACCCAUUUGGUCCGUCAUAUUCUUCUUAAUGUUACUCACUCUUGGUCUCGACAGUUCUUUUGGCGGCAGUGAAGCCAUUAUUACGGCUUUGAGCGAUGAAUACCCGAUAAUAAAGAGAAAUCGUGAGAAGUUUGUGGCCAUUCUCUUCUCAUUGUAUUUUAUUGUCGGACUUCUUAGUUGUACUCAAGGUGGCGCAUAUAUCGUUAAUUUGUUGGAUCGUUUCGCUGCCGGCUAUUCCAUACUAUUUGCAGUUUUGUUUGAAACUAUAGCCGUUUCAUGGAUUUACGGCGUCCGGAGAUUUUCAAAAGAUAUAAAGUCAAUGUUGGGCUUUGAGAUCAACAUUUGGUGGAAGUUCUGCUGGGGUUUUAUUGCUCCCUUCUUUAUCAUUUUUAUUAUAUUCUAUGGUUUGGCCAAUUUUGAGCCUCUAAAAUAUGACGACUAUACAUAUCCAUUAUGGGCUAACAUAUUGGGUUUAUGUAUCGCUGCUUCAUCUGUAUUAUGCAUACCUAUUAUGGCUUUGUGGCAAAUAUGGAUAACUCCGGGAACUUUCAAAGAGCGUAUGAUAACGUUGACGACUCCCUGGCAGGACUCACAUGACGUCAAUAUUACAAGUAAUACAACACCACAAACACAAACCCCGAAGAAUAACACUAUUAUCAAUAGGAAUACAACUUCUGACUCAACACAACCCACUGAUGUAUAA